UUGGUUGUUACAAGCAGUAUACUGAUCUUCUGCAUCCCGUUCAACUACUCACUCAUAGUUAAAUUCGCUCUAAAAUCUUUUCAUGCCCAACUGCAACUCAUAUUGGAGGCGUUAUCUGUUGUCCAUUCUCGCUCAUCGUAACCGUUCAUGAGUAAACUGGCCUAUGUCGCCAUUGUCCUCAACAAGGAAGAUACCUCUAUGGGCUGGGUUAAUACUUCUACAUAUUCACAAGGACGUUUACAGUGCAGGAGUGUAACAACGAAGUGUGCGUUCCAUCAGCUUUGGUUUGUCUUGCAGGUGGACCCGUUUGCUCAUGACGUGGACAUUCAUACAACUAGUGUUUUCAAUUAUAUGUGUCGCAGGUGCAGAAUAUUACGUGUAUACGAAUGGUGAGAAGGCCAAUGAAGGGAAUGUACAAAUUAACGACGGUUCGACCUGGUUUGACCUUUGUACAGACGGAUGGGAUGAUACGGACGCGACAGUGGUGUGUCGUAUGCUAGGCUACACGGGUGGUGGAGCUACUGCUAGUAUUAACGCCAAUGGGUCUACGUUUUCCUCCAUGGUACAGUACAAAUUUGAUUGUGAUGGUACCGAAACGUCUCUCCAGGACUGCCAAACAAGUAGCAGUAACCAGACCGUCUGCCAAAACAGCUCUUUUUCCCACGUGUCAUGUGCUGAAAUUCCUGUGCCGAGUGAUUUCUUUCUACUGACGUUUGAUGCUUCUAUUGCAAAAAUGGAUCGAGCAUCUGGAAGUCUUUCAUUGGUGCAAAAUGGAUUUCUUGGCGAACUAAGAGCUAUUACUUACGAUAGUUUACAGGGCAACAUAAUCUGGACGGACAUUCAAUUGAACCAAAUUGCGUUAUGUGCGCUCAACGGAGGGGAGACAACCGUGAUUUAUCAGGCCGGAAACGGCAGCAAGAUGGACGGUAUUGCAAUGGACGUAACUUCCCGCCUAAUAUUUUAUACUGACACCGGAUAUGACGAAAUUGGAUUCAUCAACGCAGACACUUUCGUAAAAACUAUUGUGGUCGAUACCAAUCUGGAUGAGCCAAGAGCCAUUGUGUUAGAUACACAAACAAGAGAAAUUUUCUGGACAGACUGGGGAACAAGUACUGCGAUUGAAAAAUCGAACUAUGACGGUUCCAACAGGACAACAAUUGUCAGUACUGGGCUUGGCUGGCCAAACGCUAUGGUACUCGAUGGUGAUCUGUUGAUAUGGUGUGAUGCUAAGAACGAUGUCUACGAACAGGUGCAUCGAGGUGGCACGGGAAGGACUACCUUAAGAACAUUAAUCGGAAGCCAGUGUUUUGAUUUCAUUUUGUUCGAAGACUAUCUAUAUGUUAACGAUUUCCAUUAUCAACAGAUAGUUCGAGUGAAAACAGACGGCACUCAGUCUUCGUUAUAUGGACCACUUUUGUCUAAGCGAUAUGGAAUAUAUCAUCACAUACAAGGUAACACCAACCAUACCAAUAGGCUCAUUUUCAUUAAGUCUACAUUUACCAUUAAGAUUUAAGUAGUCUGUUUGUUGAUCCCUACGUAAUUUACAAAUGAAUUGAUAUAACGAUGAUCUUUUAACACAGAGAGUGCAAUCUUUGCGAUUAAAUUACUGCCACGCAAAUUGUGGUACACUUCGUUCAGAACACUCAUGAUAUGUUUUCUCCAAUUGUUACUUUUUCUAUAUCGAAUCAAUUUAUGUUGCUAUAAAUAUAAAACAUCUACUUGUACAGAAAAACCUUUUUCUCAAAUACUUGAUGAAUAGGAAAUGGGGGUUCUGCAUAAAAUCCGUCCCACCCUCUAUAUUUAUAGCAAAUCCCUCCCUAUCGGGAUGGAUCAGUGAGAGACCAGUGAGGGAUGAGGGACUGACCACAUGGCCUUUCAUAGGAAUUCCCUCUCAAAAUAAAUUGAAUACGCCAUAGGGAACAUUGAGGGACUACCUUGCGUCAAGUCUUUUUUUUUUAGA